GAUGAGGAAGAAGCAGAAGCAGGAGGACGAGCAGGAGCAGCAGCCAUUGGGGAGCCUCCCCGAGGGGCCGCUCGUCGAGAUCCUGUCUCGGGUGCCCUACAGGUCGCUCUGCCGCUUCAAAUGCGUGUCCAAACCAUGGCUUGCCCUGUGCUCCGACCCCCAAGUCCGCAAGAGGUGUCCUCAGACCCUGACCGGCUUCUUCCACCACUGCCCACUCGGCAGGCUGGGUGUAAACUUCCGCAAUUUGUCUGGGAGAGGCCCGCCUAUGGUCGACCCCUCUCUCCCUUUCUUGCGCAAGAGCUAUGAACUUGUCGACCCCGGACAUUGCUGCGGUGGCCUUAUCCUCUGUAGAUGCUGGAAAUCAGUUCAUCCCGGUAAUAAUGGGUAUAAUCUUGUUGUGUGCAAUCCUGCGACUGAGAAGUGGACCGAGUUGCCUCCUUGUCCUGUAGAAUGGACAGACGAAGAUGACCAGUAUCUGGGUUUCGACCCAGCCAGCCCCUCCCGUUUCGUGGUAUUCUUGCACCUUUUUGACUCGACACAAGUGACCAUCUAUUCAUCAGACACUGGAAGGUGGACUGUGCUGCAGAGCAGCUGGAUUAACCAACUCUUUACCGUCUCCGGUUAUUGGGAAUGUGUCUUCAUGAAGGGCACUAUGCAUUUGAGUACCAUUAAAGGUUCAAUAGUCACAGUGGACACAGAGGGGAAGGUUUGGAAGGAAAUUGAUAUUCCAGGCAACGGGCCAACGAGAAUACAGUGUUUUUCCAUUGGACUGUCUCAGGGACACUUGUAUGCUUGGUGUAUAGAUGAUCCUAAUGUUUUCCGACUCUCUGUUUGGGUUCUUGAGGAUUAUGAUAGAGCAAAGUGGACCUUGAAGCAUAGUGUUAACAUUUUGGAGCUGUUUGGGAGGCAUUGCCGCAAAGAUGGCGAGUCCUAUGAGAUGUUCGCAAUUCAUCCAGAUCGUAAUUUGAUUUUCCUUACUAACAGGAAGAAGACUAUCUCAUAUGAUAUGGAUAACCGGGAAGUGCAUGAUAUGGACAUUGCUAAACCAUUAUGGCUUGUUCAACCUUAUAUUCCCUGUUUUGCGGACUGCCCGUCAGAUGGUCACUGAAAGUCUGUUCAGGUCCAAUCAUGUAACUACUGCCUUCACAAAAUUCAGUUGUUAGAUAUGGGCAGUGGCUUAGAUAAGUCAUGCAUCCGCCUCAGAUUUAUUUUCUUAUUUGUAGCAUGCCUUUUUUGUAACUUCGAACGAUGUAUUUUUUCACAUCUGGCUUUGAACAAUGUUAGUUAGCCAUGUAGAACAUGUAGCACCAAGCAACCUUCCAGUGGGUAAUGCCUAGUUGUAUAAAUAAACCUAGAUAUUUAAUCUAUCUGCUGCAUCUACUACUAA